AUGCCUCCCACGUCAAGUCCCCUGAAGGCAUUGGUCUAUAUAAUCCUCCUCCUCUGCACCUUUGUCAAGUGUGUCGUCGGAAAUGUCGAAAAAAUUAUAUUCAUCGGCCCUCCCCCCUCCGCCAUGGGCAGCAGCAACCACCCUGCACUAUCAUCACUCAACAUCAACACCCUGACGCAGGAUGAACUAUCCGUCCGAACAAAUUUGGAUCGCAUUUUUGCAUCCAAGCAGACGGGUUUUCAGGGACAGCCGUCCUGGAUUCUGCUCACAAACCUGACUGAGAAUCAGAGAUAUGAGUUGAGAGUCUGCUGGUCAGCAUUGCCCUGGCCCAGUCUCAUGCUCGAUCAGGAACCAACUCGCUUCGACAUGGAAGCCUACACCCUAGAUACUGUCCUAGAGAAUGACAAGCUCCUCCAGUCUCUGAAUGCCUACGCGGCAUUCAGGCCAAAGAUCCAGACAACGAAGCAGUCUACUAUAAUUCCAAAUAGCUCUUCGCUUCUCAUCGAAAUUCACUCCGCGGCUGAUUAUUUCACCGACAACGCGGAGCUUAUGGCCAACCCUCCACCCGUUCUGGUCGAUCUCAUCCUAGACCCGUUCCUUCUCAACGUCCUUCCCAAGUCGCUGUUGCCCACGGUAGGCUAUCUAAGUCUCCUCGGCGUUGUGACCUGGUUUGUAGCGCGAUGGGUCGCAUCUAGCCUCCAGUCUGUAGCUGAUUCGAUGGAAACCCCAUCCAAGAAACAGAAUUGA